UCUCGCCGAAAGUUAGUAGGCCCCACAGAAUGUCACUCACGUGACAUUUGCCUAAUAACCCCUCCCGCACGUGCGAACCAACUCAGUCCCCUCUCCUCCUCCAUUUUUUUCCCAUUCACCUGAACUAUCCAUCAAGGUGACCUGAUCCACCUCCGCCAACGCCAUCACUGCCGUAGCCGGCGGAUUGAGAAGUUUCCAGAUUAGCUUUGCUAAAGUUCUUCUAGACUGCCUGGAAGGCUAGAAGAUAUCGGAAAUGGAGUCGAUACUGGCUCGAGCUUUGGAGUAUACUUUGAAGUAUUGGCUUAAAUCAUUUUCCAGAGAUCAGUUUAAAUUGCAAGGACGGACGGUACAACUUUCCAAUUUAGAUAUUAACGGAGAUGCUCUGCAUGCGAGUGUUGGAUUACCACCAGCAUUGAAUGUCACCACGGCAAAAGUUGGAAAGUUGGAGAUUGUUCUUCCUUCUGUGAGCAAUGUGCAAAUAGAACCCAUUGUGGUGCAAAUUGAUAGGCUUGAUUUGGUUCUGGAGGAGAAUGAUGACAUAGAUGCACCUACGAGCUCAAGCAGUGCUCAAACAUCUGCCAGUGCUGCAAAGGGCAGUGGUUAUGGAUUUGCUGACAAGAUCGCUGAUGGAAUGACGCUGGAAGUGCGUACUGUGAACCUUCUGCUUGAAACUCAUGGGGGUGCUAGACGCCAAGGUGGAGCUACUUGGGCAUCCCCCAUGGCGUCAAUCACCUUCCGCAACCUUCUGCUCUAUACAACCAACGAAAACUGGCAGGUUGUAAAUCUUAAAGAAGCACGAGACUUUUCCAUUAACAAGGGAUCCAUUUAUGUCUUCAAGAAACUUGAGUGGGAAUCUCUAUCUAUUGACCUCCUGCCUCAUCCUGAUAUGUUCUCGGAUGCUCAUUUAGCAUGCUCUCAGGAGGGGUCCAGUAGGAAAGAUGAAGAUGGCGCAAAACGAGUGUUCUUUGGUGGGGAACGAUUUAUUGAAGGAAUAUCAGGAGAGGCCCAUAUAACAAUCCAGAGGACAGAACUCAAUAGCCCACUGGGGCUUGAGGUUCAAUUACACAUUACUGAGGUUGUGUGUCCUGCUUUGAGUGAACCAGGUUUACGAGCUCUUCUCCGCUUCUUCUCAGGAUUGUAUGUCUGUUUAAACAGAGGGGAUGUAAAUCCAAAUGCACAACGAUCUAUGGAAUCGGCAGGGCGUUCUCUUGUCUGUAUAAUCGUUGACCAUAUAUUUCUCUGUGUAAAAGAUGUUGAGUUCCAGCUUGAACUCCUAAUGCAGUCUCUCUUCUUCUCCCGGGCUAGCAUUUCUGAUGGAGAAAAUAGUAAAUGCUUGACCAGAGUAAUGAUUGCUGGAUUAUUUCUGAGAGAUACAUUUUCACGUCCUCCAUGUACUCUGGUGCAGCCGUCAAUGCAGGCUGCUUCAGAUGAUAUUCUGCACAUUCCAGAAUUUGGUAAAAACUUCUGCCCUCCAAUAUAUCCUUUAGGAGAUGAACGAUGGCAGUUCAGCAUUGGGCCACCUCUGAUAUGUCUCCAUACUCUUCAGCUCCAGCCCUCUCCAGCUCCACCAAAACUUGCUUCUCAGACAGUUAUUGAUUGUCAGCCACUGAUGGUCUACCUCCAGGAGGAAUCCUGUCUAAGAAUAACUUCUCUCUUAGCUGACGGAGUUAUAGGAAAAUCUGGAUCUGUUCUACCAGAUUUCUCAAUUAAUUCGCUCUUGUUCAGUCUCAAAGGUUUGGAUGUCACAGUGCCUCUUGAUAUUGGGAAACCACAAUAUGAUUCUAGAAGUGGUGUUGCUGAUUUCCGGUGUCCCUUUGCUGGGGCAACCCUUCAUAUUGAAAACUUGUUCUUUUCUGAGUCACCCUCAUUGGUACUUCGGCUAUUAAACCUGGAGAAAGAUCCUGCAUGUUUUUGUCUCUGGGAAGGUCAGCCUAUUGACUCUAGCCAGAAAAAGUGGACAAGUGGGGCUAGUCUCAUCAAUUUAUCUCUGGAAACCAGCAGUCACUCAGCUGGAAUGUCUUCUCAUUUGUGGAGAUGUGUUGAGUUAAAAGGUGCUUGCCUUGAAGCAGCAAUGGGAACUGUGGAUGGCAGGCCUUUAAUGAAUAUUCCCCCCCCUGGAGGUAUUGUGAGAGUUGGAGUUGCUUGUCAGCAAUUCCUGUCCAAUACUUCAGUUGAGCAAUUAUUUUUUGUGCUAGAUCUCUAUGCAUACUUAGGUAGGGUAAGUGAAAGGAUGGCUGUAGUUGGGAAAACAAACCGUAAUAUGGAAGUUCCAAAUGAGUCUCUUGGUGGAACACUAAUUGAAAAGGUUCCUGGUGACACAGCUUUAAGUGUAGCCUUGAAUGACCUUCGGCUAAGAUUUUUGGAAUCUUCUUCUGGAGACUGUCUGGGACCACCUUUGGUUCAGUUUUCUGGUGAUGAUUUGCUCAUUAAAGUUACUCAUAGAACCUUGGGUGGAGCCAUAAUGAUUUCGUCCAGCAUAGGAUGGGAGAGUGUUGAGGUUGAUUGUGCAGAGACUGAGAAUAACUUGCCACAUGAGAAUGCCUUGAGGCUAGCAUCUGAUAAAAAAGGUCCUAUGUCAGGAAAUGGCUACCCUCAUCUUAGAGCUGUCUUUUGGGUGCAAAAUAGGAAGAAUUUCCAUGAAAAUUCACGUGCUGUCUCGGUUCCAUUCUUGAAUAUAAAUGUAGUCCAUGUGAUUCCAUAUGAUGCACACGAUGUGGAAUGUCAUAGUUUAAAUGUGUCAGCUUGCAUUGCUGGGGUUCGUCUUGGAGGAGGGAUGAGUUAUGCUGAAGCUCUGCUUCACAGAUUUGGAAUCCUGGGCCCAGAUGGUGGUCCUGGAGAGGGUCUCACAAGAGGGUUGGAAAAAUUAUCUGGGGGGCCAUUGUCAAAAAUUUUUAAAGCAUCACCCAUUGUGGAUGAGCUCAGAGAUAGCAGAAAAAGUGGAAAUGUUGAAGAUGAAAAGCAGAACACUGCAUUGCAAUUGGGUGCUCCAGAUGAUGUGGAUGUACUUAUAGAAUUGACAGAUUGGUUAUUUGCUGUUGAAGGAGAAGAGGAGAUAGCAGAGAGGUGGCAGUUCAAUUCUGAACAUGCUAGCAGAGAGGACAUGUGCUGGCAUGUGACUUUCCAGAACAUGCUUGUCAAAGCAAAAAGCAGUCCAAAGCAUUUAAUGAAUGAUGAGAGAAAAUUUCAUGGAAAGCAGAAAUAUCCUGUUGAGUUGGUAACGGUUGGUGUACAAGGCUUGCAGAUCUUAAAGCCUCUAUCUCAAAUGGGCAGCCUGGAAAAUGGUGUAGGGAAUAAGCAAAUUGUUGAGACAUGUGGAGUAAAUACUGAAGUUGAUAUAGUAAUUUCUCAAGAUGAUGAUGAUGGGGGAGCCCAGUGGGUGGUAAAUAAUUUGAAGUUCUCUGUGAAACAGCCGAUUGAGGCAGUUGUCACAAAAGAUGAAUUUCAUUACCUUGCUCUUUUGUUCAAAUCUGAAGUUGAGUCUAUGGGUAGAAUAGCCGCUGGAAUCCUGCGGGUGCUUAAACUAGAAGGAUCUGUUGGCCCUGCAGCAAUCAGUCAACUAAGCAAUUUAGGAAGCGAAGGCUUUGACAGAAUUUUCACCCCAGAAAAGCUCAGCAGGGGUAGCAGUCCUAGCAGUAUUGGGUUCAAUUUGUCAUCGGAUACAAAUGGUGGAAUUCGUGACUCAUGUUUAGAGUCCACGCUGUCUUCUCUUGAGGAGAUGGUCUUGGAUUCACAGGCCAAAUGUGCUGCACUUACUUCUGAAAUUGGUAGUCCAGAAUUUUCAGCAGAAAACCUACGUAAUGUUAAGAAAUUGAGUCAGAAACUUGAGAGCAUGCAGAAAUUAUUAAUGCGGUUGCGGACUCAAAUUUGAUCUGCUUUAACUCCUGCGAUACCGUACAAAAUGGAGAAAGAAACGGACACAACUCUUAAGCCAUUCUUUUUUGUGUAUAUUCUAAUACAUAGUAAUACAUCGAGUUUAUCUAUCUGCCGGCAAUUGUAUUAAAGCAAUCAUAGUUUCAGUUUGAAAUAUUGUAUUUGGAAAUAGGAAAUUUUGUUGUAGAAAGACUACUUUGAUGCCAUGUAUAAUAAGAGCAUUUUGCGGACUUCGUUAGCCUUCGGA